AUGGUUAACUACAAGACUGUCCAGGAAUCAAAUCAUAGGAUAGCGACGACAUUUCCGCCGGGGUUGGUUGCCGUAUUUGUGGGUGCCACCAAUGGCAUUGGGAUGUACACCCUGAGACAGUUCGCCCAAUACGCUCGGAAGCCAAGGGUAUACUUUAUAGGCAGGUCGCAAGAGGCCGGUAAUCGUAUCGCAAACGAAUGUCAGGCUGUCAACCCCGAAGGAUCCUUCACUUUCAUCCAAGCCGACACGAGCCUUCUUGCGAACGUUGAUGAGAUUUGCCAACGCAUCCAGUCGACCGAAAAGGUCAUCAACCUCCUCUUCCUCACACAAGGCACUUUGGAUUUCAAGAAAGAAACCCCGGAAAGGCUCCCUCUAACUAUGGCGCUUGUGCAUUAUGCCAGAAUUCGGUUUAUACACAAUUUACUACCACAGCUUCAAGCAGCGCAUUCAUUAAAGCGAGUUGUGAGUGUCCUCGCUGCGACAAAGGAAGGAGAGGUAGAUGUUGAAGACAUUGACGCCCGUCACGUUCCUCUCCACAAAAAGCAAGGCCACACUGCCACACUUGCCACCAUCUCCAUGAGCGUCCUCGCGGAGAGAGCACCGGAUGUGUCCUUCGUCCAUGACUAUCCAGGUUUCGUGAAAUCAGGUAUUGGCCGUGAUAUACCUGGUGUCGUCGGCUAUGCAGCGAGGGGGUUCUUCGCAAUGUUCGCACCUCUUUUGGCCACCCCGGCAGAAGAAAGCGGCGCGUAUCAUUUGUUCUUCGCGACAAGCGCGAGAUACUCUUCCAAAUCUGCGAGCGAGUCGACCGGCGGAGUGUCUCUGGCAUCUGGCGUGCACGUGGCAACAUCCGUCGAUGGGGUUGUUGGUGGCGGGAUCUACUCGAUCGACGAGAAUGGUGAGAGCGCUAGCAUUGCUGUCCAGAAAUUGCUGGCGAAACUGAAGAAGGAAGGCGUCGCUGAGAAAAUAUGGACACGAACUGAGGAGGGGUGGAAGCGGGUACUUGGCGAAGGAGGACCUUCGACGUGA